CUGUUAUCUCGCAUAGUACAGUCACUGCGUAGCCCUGUCCGUAAAAAAAUGUACUGUUACCGAAACAUAACAAUCAUCUGCAGAGAGAACAUGAUAGAGUAUUUCCACGUUGAAUGACCAUGUCUCCUCGUUGACCCAAGGAAAUAGAUCAAAAAGAUGCUAUCCUCAUUGGUUGCAGAAGUACGCAGCGACGUUCGCGGAAUCCUUCGCGGAUUGGACGGUGACCUUUUCCACUCAACAUGUUCAACAUCUUCAAGCUCAAGUACAGCGACUAAUAUUAGCAAUAAAACGUCAAGAACUACUAGUACAGCGACUAAUAUUAGCAAAACGUCGUCAAGAACUACAACGUCUUUCUUCAUGAGUAGCCCCCCAGACGACAAGCGCACCCCUGAGUACACAGGCGUGGAGGAGGCCGCACCUCUGACGCGAGACGCGCAGCCCUUGUUUCCGAACUACCUUGCUUCUAAGCACAGUUCCGCAGCUCUGCAUGCCGCUGAGAAGGCAGCUAGCUACGCGAAGAUGGCACGAUAUUUCGAGGACGUCGCGACCAGGCAUUGGCAGAUAGGACAGUCUUGCAAGGAAAACGCAGUCCGUGCUGCGCAAGCGGCAGAGCAUCAUGGUACUACAACAACGACCACAGGAGCGAACAACAGCGACUUGCUCCGGAACGUGCGAUUAGUUUGCGCGCGACUUAAAAACACGAUUCUGGAGUCCGUGGAGAACGCGAAGGCUGGUAAAGCCGAUUUAUCUCCGGACGAACUGCAACGUAUCUUAGAAUCCGCGUCAAUGCGUAAAGCUCGAAUGUUGUGUGGAGAAAUUGAGAAAACGUACAGCAAUGAACUACGAGAAGACGAUGAGCAUGUAAGAGAUCCUUUGUACCUCACUCCACCCGAUGCCUAUCCAGCAAAACCCAUGUGGCCUCCACCGCUUGCGGCGGGAUAACAGAACAGUAAUUCGUCAUCAUCUAAGUACCAGCAGAAAUAGCAUACAACAGCCUUUCAUCUGCUUCUUUGAUGGCUAUAACUACGCAC